CUCCUUCCUCUUUACUACACCUCCCAUUUCCAAUCCCUUGCUUUUUCUUAAUUCUGGUCACAUGUUUUUGUUCUUAUAAGUCCCCCUAACCACAUCUUUGUCUUUCUUUCUUCCUGUCUGGUUGGUCUAUUUAGAUACUGUGUCAGAGACUUAGUCAGCUUUUGUCCCUGCGAACCAACCGUGUCUGAACUACUCCUCUUCCAUCCCUUAAAAGGGCAAUACCCUUAUUAGAUAUUUGCUUGAUCUCAUAACCCAACACCCCACCCCCCAAAAAACCCUAAUUUGUUAUCAACUUUCGUAUCUCAAUAACUCAUAUAGCAUAUCCCCCCUCCCCAUGAAUAACCCUCACCAUCUGAACCCUACUUCUCUAAAAUCCAGGUUCACCACGAGGUUCCUCCGGGCCCUGACUAAAAUCCGUGCUCAAAAACCUAUCUCCUCAUCUUCUCCCACAGAGAUCUUCCGACGGUAUCGAAGGAUCAAGGCUGCAGCUGACAAGUCCAUGGCUUACUCCGUUAGGUCGAGGAGAAUUUGGAGUAGGGCAAUGCUUUGGAAGCUUCGAAGCCGAUCUUAUCGUCGUCAAGACCCUUGUUCAGGCAGAAGAUCUGGGAAGACUAAUCAAGCCAUCAUGAAAAAAUCAAGUAACGAGAAUACUACAACAAGAAGGGAAGAUGGGGUUGGGUUUGUUGAAGAGGCAGAUGAACUAAGACAGCUUGUUCCAGGUGGUGAAACCAUGAAUUUAUGCAACUUGUUGGAUGAGACUGCACAUUACAUAAAGUGUCUUACCACCCAGGUACAGGUGAUGAAAAAAAUUGCAGAUUUCUACUCUUUCUGAGUAAUUAUAUAUAAAUAUAUUCUUAUCACUUCAAUAUAUAUAAAUAAAUCCAAGGAACAUAAUUAAAAAAAAAGAAAAAAGAAGAGGAUAAAUUUGGUCUAUACAGAGAUGGGUGAGUAUUUUAUUUCUGUAGAAAGCAUAUAUAGAUAUAUAGCCAGCUGAAACAGUUCCUAAACAGAAAGUGAUGAUCAGUAGUACUAAGUGAAGAAACUUGCAAAAUCUGUGUCAUGGUAUUUUAAAGUAUUUGUAUAGUUAAUGUUGGUGAUUUCUAUUCCUAUAUAUAUGCAUCUAUUUUACAUACAA